AUGAAAUUUACUCCGCAGUUUUGGCACAGAGUCUGUCAUUGUUAUCGCACAAGCCGUGGGUUUCAUGUUCCACCAGUUGAGAAGAGCAGAUUGAAUGACCGAUUAAGCGACAAGCUUAAGCGCUCCGCGGAGUUGAUAAAACGGGCAAUGAAUUUGUAUAAGCCAAAUGAGAUUAUAUUAUGUUUUAAUGGUGGCAAGGAUUGUACGGUCUUACUGGAUAUUUUAGACAAGUUCAAGCCGCCAUCGAUGCCAUUACGAGCGGUUUACGUUAGAACGGCAGAUCCCUUUGAGGAACUGGAGAAGUUCGUCGAUGUGAGUGUUCAGCGUUAUGCCCUGCAGUUGCGACGCUACGAAGGGAUCCUCAAACUUGCCUUUGAACAGUUGUUGGUCGAGGAUCCACAUGUGAAGGCCACAUUCCUCGGCUGCCGUGUCAGUGACCCUGGUGGCUCGAGUCUAUUCGAGAUGAUGCCCAGCGACAACGGGUGGCCGGCAAUGAUGCGGAUUUUCCCACUGCUGGAGUGGAGCUACCAUGACAUUUGGACUUAUAUACGAUCAAAUGAUAUACCCUACUGCUGCCUUUACGAUCAGGGCUACACAUCUCUGGGGGAUCGUAGUACAUCGCAUCUGAAUCCUAGUUUGCUAGUCUACAACGAGAAGCUGGGCAAGAAGACCUACCGGCCAGCCUACGAGCUGAAAGACGUCCGUUCGGAACGGGCAAACAGGGAUGGAAAUGGCCAGGCGACCAUGGGCGAGUCCAAGCCAUAAUCAUCCGCUAGAGUUCAGGUCAAGCUCAAAGUUUUUUGCUAUGGUCUUGACUUGCUUUUUAAUAUUUUUUCCCCGACCCAAUAUAAGUGGAGCAGCAAGUGUCAGCUAACUGGGCCGACAAUUCUUUGUCAAGACCUCAUUUCAGCUACCCACAUUUCGCUUAACAGACAAAUUUCAAAACUUCAACAAACCGGCCUAGGCACUUAUAAAAGCUAAACUUUUGUAUAAGAGAAAAAAUGGUGAAAGUUUCGGAUAUAAGGUGAGUUUAGUAAAAGCUAGUCUUACCUAAAGCUCAGGA